AGUCUAAUGUAGAGUUUAUUCGUGAACACAAUGAGAGUUGAGAUUUUUGUUUUUAUUGCUAUCAUUUCACUUUUUUCUGUAAAAGCUCUUCGAUGUUGGAGAUGUUCGUCUGCAAAUCCCUUCACUACAUAUUGCACUGAUCUUUUCCUAACCCCUGAGGAGAGUUGGGCAUUAGUUGAAUGUCCUGAUGCCCCGACUGAAGAACUCAGGAAAACUCACCGACCAGUAUGCAGAAAGAUUAAAAGACAAAUAAAUAACAAUGUGCUUGUGAUCCGUUCGUGUAUUUGGGAAAAUGAAAACGCAAUAAGUGAAAGUUGUGCGUCGCUUCCAAAAGAGACAACAAAAUCAUGCGACGUUUGUUUAACCAACGGAUGCAAUGGCGAGAGUAUGAAUUCCGUGCUUUUGUUCCAUCACAAAUAAACCAUAAGCUUUUCAACUUACGUAGCCUUAAUUAAUAAAGUGAGAUAUUGUAUGUACAAAACCUUUUACAAUAAAAAAGGAGAAAUAAUUGUUUUUAUGUAAUGAAUUUCAUGAGAUUAAAAAUCUAAUUAUAGC